CGCCCUGCCCGCGGAGCGGCGGGACAGCCGGGUGCUUUGCCGCCAGCCGGGACCGCCGGGGCUUUGCCGCCAGCCGGGACCGCCACGGCUCAGCCCGGUCCCGCCGGCGGGACGGACAGCGCUUCCCGCCUAGGCGGGCGCGCCUGCGGGAUGCUUAAAGGACGGCGUGCGGCGCCAGGGACGGUGCGGUGGGCGGCGGAGAGGCUGGCACCGCCUCCCAGCGGGGACCGGCGCCCCGAGGGCUCUCCGGGCUAUAAGUUUCCCUCCGCACAGGUUUCCUGAGAGUAGGCUACCUGCCAGGCACCUGCCCGGAGCCUACCCGGUGGGAGGGAUCCUGCUCCAGAUCAGGGGACCUCAAUUGAGGUGGCGACAGCGGCUUCAGCCAGCCCCGGCGGACGACGGAGCAGAAAUUGGAAAACCCGUCCGGGGACGAGCAGGAGGGAUGAGGACUUGCUUUGCAUGACGCGAUGAGAACGCUUAGAAAAGACCUGAAGUGGAGCAGAGAGCAAAGCCCACAGAGAGCGGCUAAGGUGGUUGAAAAUAGAGGUACGCUGUGGCUUGUAACCUACAGGACUCUGGAGUGAAUAAGAUUCAGGAAGCCGUGAGUUAAAUAAUUCUGUCUGCUUGUUUGCUAAUAUCACAUGCUAUUUCUGAAUACCAGGAAAGACACUUGAUCUUAAUGCUGGCAUUGAGAUUAUACUGUGUCCUCUUAAAAACAAUAUGAGCUAUAGCGAGAGAGUCAAAAACAAGGUGUCCACAUUUCCUUCCCUCCUGAUACAUUUCAAACAAAAAAUCAUACUGCACUGUUCAUCUUGAGUGUUUUAAGGACCCAGGUGAAAUUUCCCAUAUGCUGAAUAACUCUCAGGCAGUACCAGGACUAAAUCAGGCAUUUUUUCCUGUCUUCCAUUAACAACACCCAACAUUUCUUUAUACCUACCCUUUUUUAUUGAAAAACCAGGGAGCUUUGGCAGUUCACAUGAACAGACAUGCAUGUUUUAGACCUGUACCUUUUCAAGGUAAUAGAUCCACCUUUUAUGGGCAAAACAUUUUGUCCUGCCACUUAGUUCCACAGACCACCAACUGCUCCCAGUGAGGGGAGAGGGUCCAUACCUCAGUUGUCUUCCUGCUCCAUUGAAGCAGCAGAGAUGUGUGACAAAAAUCACCUGACAUGUCCCACUAGGUGCUCUCACACUGUACGUGCAGUAGGAGGCAGGAAUAAAAGACAGGACCUCAGCAUAAGGACAGGCACUGUCUUGACAGGUUUGAUGUGGAAUCUUGCAGGAUAAUGGCAACAGUGCAGAGGCUGGUCUAAAACACCAGCAGCAGGCUUGUUUGGUCUAAUGAGACUUUUACAUAGUCCUUAACUGGGCUCUGCAGUUUAAAGUGGACAAAAUUGUCAUGCAUUAGGUUUGAAUUCUUUUUCAAACAUAUGUUUGUCACUAUUGAGUGACUUUGUUUAAUCUUCCUCAUCAGUACCAGUACUCAAUAUUCAUAGAUUUUUUUUUCUGUGAAAUUCUCAAUUAAUUCAAUAAAUGAAUGAAAAAACCCCUCUUUUUGAAAAAUUGCUUUUGAAUUUCUCUCCUUUUUAAUACACACGAGUGGCUGUCUUUACUGGAAAAAGUUUUGAACACUUUAGGUAUUUUCAAUCAGUGUUAGUCUCAUGAGAGAACAGCACUAAGUCUAUCCAUCCUUUUCAUAUAGAAAACUCUGCUGAGACACAGGUUUUUCUCGUUUCUAUUGUCUCAGCCCUCCUUCAAGGCAUGGACAGCUGAAGUGAGAUUUCUUACUCAUUUACUAGCUCUUUUCAUUCAAACAGAUAAAUCAAAACCCUUGGCAGUCUGUAAUAGAGGAAUAGACCAGAAUUGGAAAUGGGUUAGCAGUUACAUGCAGGACAGGAGACAUUGCAAGGUGAGAAGAGUGGGGUUGACCCACGAGCCUGCAUCCUCUUCUUUUGGCUCUUCUUGAAGAUUGCCAUUUUUUUCUAGGGAUGAGAGGUAGACGGGUGGCUGGGGAACAUUGUUUUGGACUGUCUCAGAAAGAUGUCUGUUAGAGUGCCAGGCUGUUGAUUUUUGUUACCCCUUGAAUCCCUGUGUAAGAAACCAUGAAUAUUUACACAGGCCCUGCCUUCAUCCAGGUCAGAAGAGAGGGAAUCCAGCAGGAGAGGAGCUCACAUCUGAAGCAUUGUACUGCAGCACAAAUGUAUGAGGAAGGCUGAAGGCUUUAAAGCUUAUCUUCCAGUGGUCCUGGAGGUUGGAUAUAGCAUGGUAGAACGUGGUGAUGUGAAGGUCUGGGAAAAUACAGGUCACAUCUGGAAAGACACAGGAAUCCCCUUGGAACAAGGAUAUUUUAGGAUCUGUAUCUGUUGGAGAAGGAGCCUCAUUUCUGGUGGAAGAAAUUAGGGGAAACAAAUGGGAAAGAUUGACUAAACUACAGAAGAAUUCUGCUGAAAAUUUGUGGAACACUGAAACCAGAAAGAGGCUGAGAAAUAUGUUUGGCCACCUGUCUGUAAUUGGAGCUGGAAUCAUUGUAUUCUGAGCAGAUCUUUGACUCACACAUGAAAGGGCUGAGGGGAGACUUGUGUAUGAUGAGUGCUUCUGUGAUUUUAAAAUCGCUAUGACCUGGUGUCCUUGGCAGUCAAAAGUCCUUGCUACAGGAGGUGGAAUGAAAGAUGGGAUUUUGUGUGUCUGGCACAAGAAUUAUGAGAAAAUCAUCCAAAGUGCAAUUACAGAUUUGCAGACGUCCUUGAGCAUUUGAAACGGAUGUGAGAGAGUUUUUAGUCCUCAUGCAAAACAACCAACUAAACAUAACAGAUUACAUCAGCUCAGGCUUUUCAAUUCCUGGAUGGCAGCAGAGUGCUAAUCCAACCUUCAUCCUGGAUUUCAUAAACUGAAACAAGGAAGGCUGGCAGGAGCAGCGCUGCCGGAUUGAGGAAGCUGACGACGGUGCAACAUGUGGGCAACACACUUUAUAAAGCUCAUAAACUUGUAGGCUGAUGUGUGCAGCUACCACUUUGGAUUCUGUACCGCUGCUUCGCUCGGCAAGAGGCACCAGCAGGCUGAGCACUGAGAGCUGCUCUCUGGGAUGGAGCAUUUACUCCUGCAAGACAUGAAGGGCUUCCUGUUGCUCACACUCCUGCUGAUGCCCGUGCAAGCUGGAGCUGCCUGGAGUGCCAAGUACGCAGUAGACUGCCCCGAGCCCUGUGACAGUAACGCGUGCAAGAGCACGGCGCGCUGUAAGCGAACGGUGCUCGAUGACUGUGGCUGCUGCAGGGUGUGUGCAGCUGCUCUGGGGGAGACUUGCUACCGUACUGUCUCGGGUAUGGAUGGUGUCAAGUGUGGUCCUGGGCUGAAGUGCCAGUUUUACACUGAGGAGGAUGACUUUGGUGAUGAAUUUGGUAUCUGCAAAGAGUGUCCCUAUGGUAGCUAUGGAAUGGAAUGCAGGAAAACCUGCAACUGUCCCUCUGGCAUCUGUGACAGAGUAACGGGGAAGUGCUUGAAGUUCCCGUUUUUUCAACUGUCUGCUUCAAAGCCUCCAAAUCGACGGAAAAUAUCUUCACACACAGACAAUGACAUGGCAUCAGGGGAUGGAAACUCUGUAAAAGAGGAAUUCGUUAAAGAGAAAGUUGUUCGCUCUCCAGUAAUGAAAUGGCUAAAUCCUCGCUGAUACUUACUUAUACUUGUAAGACUUUCAAGUGAAUGCAUUUCUCACAGAUUAUUGAAUAUGCAACAACACACUUUAAGAACAAAGUAGAUCUAUAAUGUAUGAAUAUGUAAUCUCUGAAGCUCAAAUGUGACCCAUUUUUAAUGAGGAAAAUGUUUACUUAAAAAUAGACUGUACAGUGUAUAUGACUUUUGAUUUUUGUUUUGAUAAGUAUCUGAACAGAGAAAUGUAUUGUGGCUUUUUGAAUGUAUGGUAAUACUGAAAUAGAACAUGAUCAUUUAAAUAAUGCCAGAGGCUGACUCUUGCCAGCCUGAGGCUGGAAAAGCUCUCACUGAAUGGAGGAGACAAUUUGGGUGAGUGGUACUAUUGAUAUGAAACCAUCGUGAAAGAAACACACAUAAACAACACCUCAGAUGGAGGGAGCACUCCUGUUGAGUGGCAACAACAAAAGCACAACAGUGUAAAUUAAAUAAACUGAUAUUAGUUGUUAACAAAUUUCUAGUUUUUGGAAGUUUGGUGACAAUUCACCAGAGAUAAAUAUGCCUUUCUUCAGAGAGAAAACACCCAGCAUUUCGGUUUAUACAUUGUGCAUAACUUAGGCAAGACACUGCAGACAUAUAUUAGAUUUAGUUGAAUUUCUAAAGUAAAAUUUUGUACAGAGAAACAGCAGAUUGGUAAAUUCUACCCAUUUGUGGAAGGGGAUCUGAAACAAAAGAAGCUGCUUAUCAUUAUUUAAAUAUAUAUGUUUCUAUAAACCAGCUAUUUGGUGUCAUUAAGGCGAUAUCUGCGUUCCCUCGGGAAGAGUGGUAAGAGGCCAGCAAAGGGACCUUCAUGCUUUCCAUCCUCACUGCUGGCUAUGGCCCAGAUGUGGCUCACAGGGAGUUUAUUUGAUCCAGGGAAGACUUGGACCCUCAGCAGGUGACUGUGCAGCCACAGACUACAGUAUUUUGGUACCCAGUCCUUUGUUUCUCAAGUGCAUGAGCAAGUGGUCCCAUUGCAGCCAGGAGAAAAACUUGUAUGUGUUAGAGUGUUGCAGGAACAGGCAGUCCCUCAUUCAGUCUAAGCUGGAUGACAUAUGUGCAAGUCAAAAAUCACCACUGAGAAGGCUUGCUAGUAUGUCUGAAAACAACCACAUCCACAGAUAAUGAAAACUGAGCUUGCUGCGUCAGAGUGAAUGCCAUGAGUUUAGGAACAACGUUGUAACACAGAACACUCUCAUUGGAAGUGUGGCUUGAUUUCAACAUUUCCUUUGAAAUCAACCUGAGCUUUGACAAUGACUGCAGUGAAAGAAAGAACACACAGUACAGCAGCCAGAGUUUAGCUCAGGAUCUGAAAGCAUACUUUUAAAACUACGGACAACAGAAACUCUAAUGCCCUUAAAGAGAUCCAAAGUCAACAUCUGUGAAAGCAGGAUGCUUUCUCCUGGGAAAGCAGACAUGAAUCAUGCUGAUCUGCAACAAGAGGAUGAUGACAGCAGAAGACAACCAAAUGUCAGGAUGAAAGUGCUGAUUGUCUUGCCAUGAUAAUUGGAGACAUACAAACAUAAAUCUCAAACUAGAAUAAUACCACAUUUUAACCUGUAUUGAAUGUUAGGGUCUGAGAGGGAAUAAUGUUAUCUUGGGCUAUUUACUAGCAAGUGAAUUGAUUCUAAUCUACUGAUAUCAAAAGUAUUUUUUUUCUUGAUUUUAGUGAGAACAGGAUCAAACCCAUGGUCUUCCAGCAGACUGAUAAGAAAUGUUUAAAGAAUGUAGUAAAUACUGUAUACAUUAUUAUUAUUUUGCAACAGUCAUAAAUGACAUUAUGAAUGUAAAUCUAAUAAGUCAGUUUGUUUAAAAGAGCGUAAUAUUAUUAUUGUUCAAUAAAAAAACAACUGAAAGCA